CUGGAUAUCUUUGCCUACCUGAGGCCUUUUGAAGAAAGGACAGUGGAGAGGAGCACCUCGAGGGCUGUGGAAUCCAUGCAGGAGAAGAUGGAGAAGAUCCUGAGUGACAAACUUACCAACACUUGGAAUUCUCACCAGAAAAUCUCCGAAAACGUGCAAGCUGUGCAGACAGGUUUGGAGAAAAUGCAGGUGUCCACCAAGGAAGACCUUCAGAUGCUCAGAAAAGACCUGGAGGAAAGAGUAACAAAAGCAAGGAAUACAACAGAAAGGUCUGAGUCUGAAGAGAAUCAGGUGGAGGUGGAGAACCAGGCAGGAAGGACGGGGGUGAUGAUCACCUCAGGGGCCAUGGAAUCCAUGCGGGAGGAGAUGGAGAAAAUUCUGAGUGAGAAACUGACCAACACCUGGACUUCCCUUCAGAAAAUCUCUGAAAAUAUUCAAGCCCUGCAGACAGCUUUGGAGAACAUGCAUGUGUCCACAAAGGAAGAACUUCAGAUUCUCAGAGGGAUGCUGGAACACAGAAGAAAGAAAGGUUCUGUCAAAAUGCAGUACUACAAAGUUGAUGUCACCCUGAAUGCUGACACGGCUCACCCCAGACUGGAAGUGUCUGAAGAUGGGAAGAGUAUGAAUGAUACCGGUGCAAUCAGACAGGUACCCAGCAGGGAGGAGAGAUUUGAUUCCCACAUUUUUGUGUUGGCAAAGGAAGGAUACACAACUGGGAGACACUACUGGGUAGUGGAUGUAGGAAAGAGAAGAAACUGGACCUUGGGUGUUGCCUCUGAAUCUGUGGCUCGUAAACGGACUGUGACUCUGUCCCCACAGAAUGGCUUCUGGGUCAUAGGGUCAGCAGAUGGGCAGGAGUAUUGGGCCCACACAGAUCCUUGGACUCGUUUGACUGUGAGUGGUAGACCACAGAAGAUUGGAAUCUUCCUGAACAUCUCUGCCAACAAGCUCUCAUUUUACAAUGCCAGUAAGAAAACAGAUUUGUAUACUUUCACCACUAUUGGUUUUAGUGGGCAGGAAAAUAAAUAUUUUCCCUGCUUCUCAACAGGUUCUUGUUUUUCAAUGCUUGAUACUGAGCCACUGAAAAUAGUGCAAGGGUUUGAUGAUGAUGACUGAAUGUAUGAUUAAAUACAGAUUGUGAGAUCAGACGUUGUCUGAUGUUGUCAAAAAAACCCCUCCCUACUUUGCGCUUCCCAGUGGAAAUUGGCUUGGUAUUUGAUACCAGGAUCUUUCAGCUCUGCUUGCUAUCUCUGCCCUGAGACAGCAGGAAGAAGCCCUAGAGAUCAUGUCGAUAAAUGAAGUAUGACGCUCAGUAUCCAUGGAGAGUCUUCAGUUAUAUACAGGGAACUGAAUUGUCUUUUCAGCACAGGAGGUGCAAGAAGUACCUUCAACUUGAUUCCCCUGGCUGUUUUUUCCCACCUCAGUCACACAGAACCAAAUACAGUAUCCAGGAGAUGUCCAAACGCAGAUCACAUCAGACUUGUCUAUUUAAAUUUUCACUGGUCACAUCAUGCUCCUUUUCUUCAGUUCAAUUCAUAUGUAUCUUCCAUGCAAGUUCUGCAGCUCUGAAGAUCAGUUUGUGUUUGAAGUUCAUGGUCCUCUCCAGAGGCAUCAAAGCAUAGCAUGCGUUAAUCAAUCAUUCCUAGGAGUCUAAAAGGCCUGAGGUUAAAUUUUAUCCACAGGUACCAAAUAGAGAAAUAUUAGGAUUUUGCUAUUUCUCCUACAAAACUUCAACUAACUAGUCCAAUGAUCCUUUAAAAACUGUGGAAGUCAGUCCUAUCCCCUUUUUCUAGUGGGAAAUCUGAAGCAUAUGUGAGGGAUAUUGUAGUGCUUCAAUGUCCUUCACUUCCCAACCAGUGACGUUUGACCUAUUUCGCUUAUCAGAAUCAAGGUGCCAAAACAUCCUGUUUCACUCUGGGCACUGUAGACCACUCCAGCCUUCCUGCUAAUUACAAUUGCACACAAUCAGUCAGCUAAGGUUCUCCUUUCUGAAUCUCCAUGGAGUGUCUUUCUCAAAAAGGAUUACAAGUCCCAGCAGCUCCAUGAAAUUGAAAGUUUGUAUUUCACUAACUGAUCACCUGUUUUAGACAGUAGUCUAAAUUCUGUCAUUGGAAUUGUUCUAAAUCAGGUUUGAUGGGACUUUGAACAACCUGCUAUAAGGUAAAGAUGCCCAUUCCCAUGGCACAGAGUUUAAACUAGACAAUCUUAAAAGGUCCCUUCCUAUCAAACCAUUCCAAGAGUCUAUGAAAUGAAAGUGUGUAAGAUCAUAAUAGCAAGCAGAAAACCAAUCACUAUGUGAAGGAAGAUCACAAGAAGUAUUCCAUGAAAACUUUUGACAAAUGAAUAGCAGUAGUUUGGGGAAAGCUAGGAGAUAGAGAUAUUAGGUCAAACAGGAAAAAAAAAUGUU